AUGCCUUUCCGUGAUAAAGAAUGGGAGGACUUCCAGCGCUCCUGCGAUUUCUUCCCUGCCUAUAGCGACUACCUCUACGACCCUGACGAGCGCCUUGUCGUCACGCAAGAACCCGGUCUGCAUCCUCAGAUAUAUCCUGGGCUUACAUUUGCGCCGAUUCAGUAUACUAACAGCAUGCCUUCCCGGUCCUACGAUACCUCUGAGAACUGUCAAGUGCAAGAUUCCGCUGCUUCGAGACGCCAGUCUUUGAGAAUACUAAUUUCGGGGCACGAGACACUCAGUGGUGAGAGCAGUGUCCGGAACACGCCCGGCUUGGAUUCACGCUCUGAGAUCGGAAGCCCCAUGGUUGCAUCCAAGUCCCGGAAAGGUGCCCAGAAGAUUUCCAAGAAAGAAACGAAGAAGCGCCCGCGAAACGCUGCUCGUCGAGUUGCAGCUUCACCGAGCUCGUCGCAACGACCAGUGAGAUCGACUAGACAGCAAGCUCAGACAAAGCAAGCACCAGCAUCCGCUGAACCGUCACUCUUGCGCGCAUCUUCCACGACAGAUGUCGACGAUAGUUUUCCGCCUACUCCACUGGCCCAGUCAAGCACCCUGCCAUCAGCGACUGAGAUGAAACAACAGGAAGCUUGUGUACAUGCUCGUCAGUUGCAACAGGCAACCGGUUAUCCGGGAUCUCUCAGACCAACACCAGAGCCUUCUCAUCAUCCGCACCCUCACCAGUCUCCACGACCAAGUGUCGAACAACCGUACUACUACACGACUCGCUACCCCCAGCAGCAGAUGCCGCCACCUCCUACGACUGCAUACCAACCGUAUACGCCUCCGCUAUCCACGAACCAGCAGCAGAUACCACUGCCUCCAUCUACUGCAUACCAACCGUAUACACCACCACAGUCUACAAGCCAGCAGCAAAUGCCGCCACCUCGGUCGCCUGCAUACCAACUGUAUACACCACCGCAGUCCACAAGCCAGCAGCAAAUGUUUCCGGCUCAACAACAAAUCGUCCAAGGCAUGCCAGUUUCUGCGAAUGAUCAGGAUGCACAGAAAUUGAGGAUGCAGGCAAACGAGUGGCUCAUGAUGUUCAAGCGCAGUCUGCCUCCCGACGGUCACGACUACAUGAUGCAGGUGGCCGAUUCUAGAUACAAAUUGCCUACGAAGAGUGUAGCCAUCCACAUUUACAAUGAUACUUGA